AUUGAAGAAACCAGCUCACAAGAGUCAUUCUUCAUGAAUUUUACUGCACAUUUUGCAGUGUUUGUUAUUUUGUGGUGCACAGUAUAUUUAUCUCAUUACAGAUUAAAUUCAUUCAGCAAACUUUUAGUAAAAUAUAAUUUCUUCACUGCCACUGGAUCCUAAGUGAAUACAUUUAUCGAUAGCACUGUUUGAUACUUUGAUAGACACACAUGAUUUCUUGUAAAUCUACAUCACAUACGACAUGUUAGUGAUAUUCAAUAUUAGGCAUUAAUUUAAUUGAUAAAACUUGAGUAUAUAAGAAUCAUUCUAUGAAAUUGUCAAUCAGUGCAUGCUAACACAUUUGUUCUUCUGCUAGCCACACACUACUUUAAAUAUUUUUUUCCAUUAUCUUCCUUUAGAUACACAAACUUUCUGUCUUGUCAGUGUCCACAGUAUCUUGCUCGAAGGCCUCUCGCUCAUCCAACUUUUUCCCUAAAGUGCUCUCGGUAACUUUCUGGCGGUCUCUCUCAUGCUAAUUGGUCGACAAACACCCGACCCCCCCGACUUUAUCCACACCCCCGCACCCCAGUGAGUGGCUGGGCCCCCUGGAAAGCCACAGUAACAAAUGGCUGGCUGUGAGGCCUUUGUGAGCCCCUGCUGAGCGCUGGUGUGGAUGGUGUUUUAGGCCGCUGUUCAAGCACAGCGGGGGCCGAGCGCUCUCCCCCUGCUCGCUCUCUCUCACACAGCUCUCGCAGGCGGAGCGCCUUCACACUCCAGACGACAGCAGGCCUGCAGAGACGGUCACUUCUCCAGCUACAUUCCAAACCCAGUGUGCGAGAAAAGUUUUCAGGCUUCACUGUUAAUUAACACACUUUGACUUGAGUUUUGUGGGCGUUUUUUUUUUCCUUGUCUUACUUUCUUUGGCCUGUAUUAUGUCUGUUCUUUUGUAGUGUAGACUAGUUAUUUUAUUUGUGCUGCUCAUAACGCGAUGCUCUUUAACCUGGCGGCUGAGUAAAGAAUGUGUGCUUUCACAUAAGAUCUACUCAUCGAUGUCAUAUCUCUCUCUCUUUUCUCAUUAUGUCUGAGAGUCAACAAAGCUUUAUUUGCAUAUCUGUAGAAUGGAUUACAUUACUGCCAGAGCAUUCCAGGAAUUGUGUAUAACAGGAGAAGGAGGCGGUAGAGCACUGCUGUGGAGAAGACAUGGCCGCUCUGACCUUCCAGGCACAGCGGCACAAAUGUGAGCUGACACAGACACUUCAGCAAAUGGAGGCGCAGCACGAGAAGAGGGUCAGAGAAACAGAUGCUCUUCUGAGUGCUCAGAUCAGCCUGAUCGGAAAACUGAAGUGUCAGGUGCUCGGGGCAACGCUGGAGGAACUGGCCCGGAGCAGCAGAGUGGAGAUUGAGCAGUUGUCUCUGGAGGAAGAGCACCUGCAGGACAGCGCUGAGAAACUGUGAGGUCGUUGUGAAGAGAUUGAAGAGCAGUGUGUGCAACAUGAGAGGAUGCACCAACGCACAGAGGUACACACACCUGCGGCACUGACCUCGAGUCCUGCAUCACAUGAGCAGUCCUUAUAGGAGCUUGUUUAGUGUAUCACACCAUGACAUCACUACAUUUGCAUGAGGGACUAAUGCUAAAGCCGGCCACAAUUAGGGGUGCAAAUCUCUUGGGUGACAGUGAGUCAAUUUCUCCCAUGAUUCACAGGUUUUCAGUUAAGAUUGAAAAUUAAAGUGUUUUAAAAUACAUCUGUAGAAUUCAGGAUUUGAUCACAUUGAACAAAUCCAAUUUGGACUGAUCAUUUUGCAUGUGGUGAAAUCCGAUCUGUGUGUUAAGGUCUGUAAAAAACAAACAAAAAAACAUAUUUUAGUUGGACACACCCAACAAAUCCGGUUCUUGCAGACUGACAUCCUUAAAGAAUCUUGAAAAGAUUCAGGCAUGAAAAGAAUGUCAAACUAUAAGGUAAAUUAAUAAAUGUACAAAUAAUUAACGGAAGCAGUUGAAAUACACUACUGUUAAAAACUUUGGGGUUUGUAAGAUUUUUAAAAAUUAUUUUGAAAAAAUUCCCUUAUCCUCACAAAGGCUACAUUUAUUUGAUAAAAAAAAUACAGUAAAAACUGAAAUAUUGUGAAAUAUUAUUACAAUUUCAAAAUGAGUUUUAUGUUGUAUAUAUAUAUCCAUAUGUCAUUUAUUCCUGUGAUGGCAAAGCUUAAUUUUCAGCAUCAAUCCAGUCUUUAAUGUCACAUGACAUGAUCCACCAGAAAUCAUUCUAAUAUGAUGAUUUGCUGCUCAAGAAACAUUUCCCAUUAUCAUCAUCAAUUAUUGUCAGGA